CACUGAAAAUACACCAUCUGAGAUGCUUCGAGACACCGAGGAGCACCGUCUUCGCUGCGCACUUUGGACAUAGAAACGCGGAGAGUGCUCGGAUCGCGCAUUGAUCCGAAUAAAGGGGACGGGAGGGGUCGAUCAUGGGGAACGAAGCGAGCCUGGAAGGAGGCGAAGGGCCUCCGUCUGGGCUUCCAGAGGGGCUGGCACCUGACGGGAAGGGCGGCUUCGUCCGGGUCCCCGAGGGGACUCCGGUCAACCUGAAUCAACUUAGCGAGGAGGAGAGACGGCAGCUCGCCGCGGCGAUGUCAAGGGCGCAAGGCAGGCAGCCCGGAGGCGCAGCAGCUGCACGAAGACCGUCAGAAUCUGAUGCACAGCAGCGUCCCCAGCAGGUAGGGGCCUCCAGGGGCCCUACAGGUCUCAGUAAGAGCCGCACUGUAGACGCCUUCAACCAGGGUCCCUCCGGCAGGCCCACCCCGGGCCGCAGCCCUUCAUCCCUCAGCCUUUUUGAAUCGAGAUUCCGGCAGGAGCCAAAAGACCCUGAGACCAAGUCAUCCGGCAUGUUUGGCUCCAGCUUCCUCAGCGGGGCCAACCCGCUCAAUGCCAUGUCAUCUAUGACCUCCUCUGUCUCCUCCUCUAUAUCCUCUAUGGGCGAUUCUGUCAACAUCCCCAAGUUUGGACUGUUUGGGGAUGAGGAGGAGGGAGAUGCAUCUGCCACACCUGAGUCUAAGCAGGGAGGAAAGCCACCAGGCAAGGGACCUCAGCAAGGGCCAGGUCCAAAGGGACCACAACAGGGAGGACCUCAGAAACAGGGUCAGGGCCCUCCAGGACAGGGGCCAAAUCCAGGGCAAGGACCUCCUGGGCAGGGACCCAGGCAAGGUCAGGGACCACCAGGCCAAGGACCCAAAUCAGGUCAAGGUCCUCCUGGCCAAGGACCCCCUGGGCCGGGCCCCAGGCAAGGUCAGGGUCCACCAGGCCAAGGACCCAAAUCAGGUCAAGGUCCUCCUGGCCAAGGACCCCCUGGGCCGGGCCCCAGGCAAGGUCAGGGUCCACCAGGCCAAGGACCCCCAGGCCAACAGGCCCCCAAACCCGGUCAAGGACCACCAGGUCAAGGCGCCAAACAGGGUGGCCCUCCCCAGCAAAAAGGUGGACCCCCUCAACAAGGACCUGGAAAGCCUGGACCCAAACAGCAAGGCCCACCAGGCCCUGGGGCUCACCCUGGAGAGCCAGCUAAGAGCGGAGGGCCUCCUGGUCAGCAGGGAGGUGGGCUCUGUCCACUGUGUAAGACCACCCAGCUGAACAUUGGGUCUAAGGACCCGCCUAAUUACAAUAACUGCACUGAGUGUAAGAACCAGGUGUGCAGCCUAUGUGGGUUCAGCCCUCCAGACUCAGCGGGAAAAGAGUGGCUGUGUCUGAACUGCCAGAUGCAGCGAGCGAUGGGAGGUAUGGAUCCCCCCGGCAUGACAAAACCCAAACAAGGCUCAGCCCCGCCCUCACCCCAGAGACAGGGACCUGGCAAGCCUGGCAAGCUGCUGAUAAAGCAGCAGAGUACCACCGACCAGGGGUUAACGCCGCCGACCACACCAAGGCAGAAAUCCCCAGGUCCUACCUCUCCUGGGCCAAUUUCCCCAGGCUCCUCAGUGGGAGGAUCUCCCAAAAUUGACCCCAAAACAGGCCGCCCCAUUCAGCAGAAGUCCACACCCCAGCAGUCUCCAGCUAAAGCCAAACAGGAGUCCAGCUUCUUUGGGGGGUUAGGAGGUAUCAGUCUUGGAGGCUUAACAGAUGCGGCCAAACCUCCAGCGGCUGCAGAGUCCGUAACAGGGAAACUAUUUGGCGGGUUGGGCGGUUUGAUGGAAUCGUCAAAGCCUCAAGCGCAGGCUGCGCCAAAGCAGGAGGAGUCAAUGGCUGGGAAGUUUUUUGGUGGUUUUGGAGGGCUGACAGAAUCAACAAAACCUCCGGCUGCUGCUUCUCAGGUGUUCAGCUUUGGAUCGUCGCUCUUGAGUUCAGCCACCAAUAUUGUCGCUGGAGAGGACGAGAAGGCGGCUCAUUCUCCACCUACGUCGCCGCCAGUCUCCCCCGCUGACUCAGGACCAGGUUCCCCUUUGGAUUCUGUCCCCGGCUCACCGCCUGACUCCCCCUUCUCUCCUCCCGGGUCCCCUCCUGAUUCUGACUCAGCUCCUGACACCCCACCUGCUAAGUCCAAGAAACCCCUGAGAACCAUUUCUGUGGAGCAGGAAGAGAAGGCACCAGCAGCCGAACCUGCACCUGCCCCUGCCUCAGCAACCAAGGAAAGCUGCCCUCUCUGUAAUGUGGAGCUGAACAUUGCAUCAGCAGACACGCCCAACUACAGCCUUUGCACUGAGUGCAAGAAGAAAGUGUGCAAUCUGUGUGGAUUUAAUCCUACUCCCCAUUUAGGAGAGAAAGAAUGGCUUUGCCUCAACUGUCAGACCCAAAGAGCCAUGUCAGGCCAGCUGGGAGACAUGCCACCUCCAGCCACGGCUUCCCCAAAAAAGCUACCAUCUGCUCCUGCUCCCUUCUCCACCCCUGUUCCUACUACUGUAGAUAGCAAACCUGUAGUACAAUCAGCAGACCCAACCCCACCACUUCCUGAGACCAAGGUAGUGCCCGCAACCAUUCCCACACCUGGUGCACUCAUUUCACCUUGUCAUGAUACCCCUCUAUCCGUUAGUGAUCCUCCUCCUGAUUGCACCCUUCUGGAAACACAGUCAAAAGAACAAAAACAACAACUAGAAGCUGAACCAGUUUCUGAGCCUGUAAUUAAUCCUGAACAAGAAACUUCAAUUUCAGAGAGUGUAGCCGAAAGUGUCCCUGCAAUCCCAGCAGUUGAGAACAGCUCUGAGAAAAUAGCAGAGGGCCAUCCUCAACCUGAGACAGAGUCAUCUGAUGCUGAUCAACAAUCACAAAGUGCAACUGCCAGUGAAAUCCAAGCAGUAGAGCAACGACAGAGUAGCUCUGAGAAAGCAGCAGAGGACCAUUCUCUCCCUGUGGAAAGUGAGACGCAAAACGUAUUGACUAAUACAGGUUUAGACAAGACAGCAGUCCCUUCUGAGGUAGAAACAGAGCCAAGUCCCAAGAUUACUCAGAGUGAGGCUGCAGCUCCCCUUACAGAUAAUGAGAAAGUGGAGCCUACUCCAGAAAAGCUUACAGAACUGACAACAAAUUCAGCUGAGCCAGAGCCUGCCUUGAUCACAGAUGAAGUGUCACAGGAACUUCCUGUUCAGCUUGAUCCAAAGCCAGAUGCUACAGCUACAAAUGUAAAAGAGGAGAAAAUAACAGAACAGCCAAAUGAGAAACCCCAGAUAGAUGAACCCCAACCUACUGCAGCAGGUCAAACUACAUCAGAUCCAGUAGAUGCAGCGUUUAAUGAGGAGCAAACAGGCGUUACUAUGAAACUUGAGGCUGACAGUGUAGAAAGUGAUGUCAAGGGUGAAGUAACUGCAGAAAUAAAGGUAAUACCAGAACCAAUAAUAGAGAAGGCAGUAACCAGAGAAAGGGCUCCUCCUCUUGUUGAGGUUGUAGACAGUGUUGCUCCCGUGGUCUCUGCUGACAAUGUUGAGGUCCCUAAACCUGAUGAGACUGUUGCAGUUUCAAAGGAGGAAAGUCAAGCUAAUAAAGUGGAAAACAAAACCAUAGAAAAAGACGAGCCUACUCCACUUGACCCUGGAGAUAAGUCACUUCCUGUUGCUCCAGUUGAAGGGGAAACCAAAGCUCUGGAGAAAACAAAAGAGGAGAACACUGUUGAGAAUAACAUUUUUCAAAAAUGUAUUAUUGAAGGGAAAAUAGAUAAUCAGAAAAUACCUGAGAGUGCUGAUGUGGAAACAUCAAUUGAGAUGAAAACAAUAAUGGACACUGAAAAAGAAAGAGCUAUUGAGAAGGCGGUAAUUGAGAAUAAAUCAUCUUAUGGCGAACACUUUGAAGAAGAGCAAGUUCAGAAGAAUGCAGCUGCAGAGAGGGUUUUUGGGGUAAAAGCUGAUGAAGGGAAAGCAUUUGAAGAAGAGGCAACUGAGCAGGAAACAGUUGAGAGCGCAACUGACCACAAACCUCUUGAGGAGAAGGUUAACAAAGCAGAAUCGACUUCAGCACCCUUCUCUACUGAAACAGAGAACAGUUGUCCUGCAAUAGAAAAGAAAGCAUCAGAAACAGAAAAAGAGCCAGCUCCUACUUUCACUGAAGAAAUCCCAGAAAUCCCAAAAGAAGAGAUACAUACAGAGAUAGAACGAGCAGCAAAGUAUGAGUCAUCACCUGCUGUGGAAAACCUUGUUGAGACAGUACCUUUGCCAGAGACGUCAGAGGAGAAAGAAAAGCCUAUGGUCAAAGCAGAGAGUUUAGCAAAGAAGGAAGAAAAGCAGACACCUAUAGAUACAAUGCUAAAAGCAGAUGAUAAAUCUGAGAAAGAAGUUGUUAUGUCUGUUCCCCCAACUUCCGAUUUUAGCGAGCAAGAAAAGGUCAAUGUCAAGGAGUCGAUGCAAAGUGUAGAGAUAGUGUUAUCCUCAGGUGUCAUUAGUGAGACACAAGUCAGAGAUAAAGCCUGUGAGGAGGAGAAGCUCAUUCAGAAUGAGACAGAAGCUGGUUCACAAAAGACAAACAGUACUGCUGAAAAUCAACAUGAAAUAGAGAGAGAGAUGUUAGCUCUGAGAGACACUGAUGAGAAACAGCUCGAGAAAGUUGCAGAGCACAAUGUGUCAAUCAGUGGGAAGGAACUCGACAAAAAAGAGGUUGCUGGCAGCAUCGAGGAACCUAUUUCAGAAUCAGAGACAUGCACAGUCUGUGACAAAGAUGGCACUCUGCGGUCUGAUGUAGGAAAUAGCACAACAUCAAAGAAGAAUGAAGUAUCAGAGACAACUUUUGAAAAUGUGUCUGUAUCAGUAGCUUCAGUCCCUGUAGCAGAACCUGAAAUCCAAGUCUCUGUAGUUAGUGAGGAGGACAAAGACCCAAUAGAGAAUAUUAACGUGGAGGAAAAAACGGAGGCUAAAGAUCAGCUUUUUGGAAAGCCCAGUAAAGAAGAUGCAGUCGCUGAGAUGAAAACAGCAGAGAGCUUGAGAGAGCCUGGAGAGAACGAAAUAGCUGCCAAAGAGGGCAGUCCCACCAGCCCAUCAGACCUUGCAAAAUUAGAAAGCACAUUCCUUCCCAUUCUUGAGGCCCAGACAAGCACGCAACCAAAGAAUGAGGAGAAACUAACAGACACUCUAAAGACCAGACGUAAAUUAGAGGUGCUUCCUCUCUCACUUGACUCACCUAGCUCAGAAGAUGACAGAGAACUUUGUGAGAAGAAUACUAAAGGUACCACAAAGAAAAAGCUCCUUGUACCCAUGGAUGUCAGAGCAGAUUCCCUGGAUGAUAGCAGUGAAAGCUUUGGAAAAGAAAGUCCAAUGUCAGGGGAUGAUGAGGAAUUUAUCCGAAAACAGAUCAUGGAAAUGAGUGAGAAUGAGGAUGCUUCCCCGUCUGAUGAGGAAAAUAUAAUCCGGCGAAAGAUCAGAGAGGAUGAGAAGAAACAAAUCGAAGAGAAGAAAACAGCGGCUGUAGAGAGGGGUACAUCCGGAAAAGCCAGACGACUUACCAAGAAAAGCACUAUAAGUCCAGAUGAUGAAGAAGAGAAGCAACUCCGCAGCUCAUUGGAUAAACCUGAUAUAGACAAAGGGGACGGACCAGAACCAAAAGAAGAGGAGUGUCAGACUGGUUCUGCAGUUCGCAAAUUCCGAACUAUGGAGCUGAAUACAACCAGCAGCCCUGUGCGUAUACCUAAUGAUGAUGGUGAGCCCGAAAUGGAAAGCCUUACAGACUCUCCAGAUGAUCGAUCUAGAGGUGAGGGGUCAUCUAGUUUACACGCAUCGAGCUUCACUCCUGGGACUUCACCAACAUCCCUCUCAUCACUGGAUGAAGACAGUGACAGUAGUCCCAGUCAUGUCUGUUCUGGUGAGGGAAAACAACAUAGGAAAGCCAAACACAGACAACCUGGUCAAAUGCUGCCAACUAUUGAAGAUUCUUCUGAGGAAGAAGAAUUACGGGAAGAGGAGGAGCUGCUCAGGGAGCAAGAAAAACAGAGGGGCUCAGGGAAAAAAUCCAAGAAAGACAAAGAAGAGAUUCGAGCCCAGAGAAGGCGAGAGCGUCCAAAGACACCACCAAGCAAUCUGUCCCCCAUUGAAGAUGCCUCACCAACCGAGGAACUGAGGCAAGAGGCUGAAAUGGAGGAGAUCAGACGAUCAUCCUGUUCUGAUUUCUCCCCCAGUAUUGAAUCAGACCCUGAAGGGUUUGAAAUCCAUGCCGCAAAGAUCGCAGCAGUUCAAAAAACUUAUCAACUGCCUAUGUCAGUAACUCUUCACUCCCCAACAGAUGAUAAAAAUACUGAUAACCAACAGAAAAAAACUCUCAAAUCUGCUGACGAGGCAUAUGAGGAAAUAAUGCUGAGGGCUACGUCUCCAACAGUUGAUAAAAGUGAGAUUCAGUUGGGAAAAGAGUCCCUUUAUGGAGGCAUGCUCAUUGAAGACUAUGCCUAUGCAUCUCUUAUUGACAAUUCAACAACUGAUCUUGGGGAGCCACAGAAGAUUGGUGUUCCUGCACAGCCCAAAAAGCUGAGAUCACCAGAUGAAGUUUAUGAAGAUAUGAUAAAGAAGAGGAAAGAAUUUAUGCAGCUGGAGCAGGAGUAUCAAAAUAUGCAGCCAGCAAAGGAAAGCACUACCCCAGAAAUUGUAUUGCAACCUGCUGAGAAUAUCUUCCCCAAAAGCAGUACAGUAACGUUAGGCAAAGACGGGAAGCCAUUGUUAGAUGCUGAAACUGCCUAUGAAGAGCUAAUGAAAAGAGUGCUGACUCCUGGAACAAGUCCAACUCCAGAAGUGGAAGCCACUGCAACUAGAAGGGCACUCCACCCCAUCCCAGACUUAAAGGUGACACAGUGCUCUUCAGGAGAGUUGUCUUCUGAUGACGAGAGUGUAAUUAAAAAGCAAGAGGAGAUGACUGUGGUAUCAGACACUACAACAGCUACUGAAACUGAGCCUGUGACAAUGUUUUCUGAGUCUCCUCCAUCAUCCACAUCAGAUCAGCAACCUCACACUACAAUCACAGCAUCCCAGGCUGAUGUUGUGGACUUAUCUAGUGCUCUCCCAAGAACAUCAGCCCAUGUGACUGCCAGUGUUACACCCUUGCCCACGGUCCCCCAGUACACACCCAGUAUUCCUAGUGUAGUGUCAACUGCCCCACCUGUCCCCCCCAAGCCAAGCGUUCUGCGUAGGGCUAAUUCUCAGGAAAAAGCAGAAGUACCUGUUGCACCACCACUGCCUCCUCCCACCCCACCAAAACCUACUGUUUUUCCCAGGAAACCUCCAGUUCCACUUCCACCUCAGGCUUCAGCCACUCUAACCAAGCCAGAGACAGUGGCUAUGACUGCAGCCCAAGGACCAUCCACAAGACAAGCAGUUACACCAAUGUACAAACCUCAUGUUCCCCCUCCUGUUCCCCCCAAACCAUCUAUUCCUGCUGGGAUUGGGGAUAGCAACAGACCAGGACAUGGUGUCAAACCACCAAUUGCACCAAAGCCUGGCUCACAGCCUUCUUCGCCCGCCCAUGCCCCACAUCCACCAAGACCCACUGUACUUCCCACUGGUCCUACUGACAUAGCCCUGAAUCUGAGCCCUUCUUCUGAGAGCAAGCUGUUUCAACCCUCACCAAAGUCUCCUUCUUCUCCAAGAUAUGCCAGCAAUCUUCGUGACACAUAUGUGGUCAUCACACUGCCAUCGCAGCCCAGCUCUCCAGUAGAUAGUGUCUUAACUCAAGCUCCCUCUAGCCCUGGCUUAGCAUCUCCUUCAUGCCAAACUCAGCCCCAAUGUUAUUACCAACCACAGCCUCAACCUCAAGUACAUCCACAGCAGCAUCCACAACCAACCCUUCCUCAAACAACCAGGGUGCCACUGGCAUACACACGUGUCACAGAAUCCAUUGAAAGUCAAGAGAUUUGUAGCCCAGAAAAACAUGUAUCUAGUUCUUGUCACAUAAUUGAGGCUAUAUCUGCGUCAGCACAGCCACCUGUGGUUAUGCCUAACCUCAUCUCUCAAGUGGUCACUACAGAAGUCCAAAGGACCAUGGUCUCUGUUGUUCAUGAAAGGGCACCACCACCAGUGCCAGCUCCAAGGGCAAAUGGUGUCCCAAUCUCGAUGGAGAAACCUAAGCCCCAACUGCCGGCACAGAAUGGACAGGGCUUCCAACCCUCUGAGGUGGUAGAUCUUAGGACUAUGAAGGUGGACCUAGAAUCAGACAUGAAUGGUGUGGAUCUGUCUGCUGGCCCAGACUCAAGACGUCAGUCCUUUGCAACUGAUGUCAGUCGUCAGAACAGUGCAGUGCAAUCGCCUGUGGUUAACCUUAGUGCUGAAUCAUCCACUGUUUCUAUAGUGACUGAUAGCAUCACCAUUGUGACCUGUUCUGCCACAAUCCAGCAGUGUGAAAACAUAGAAACCUCUCAAGCAUCAUCAGUGCCCCUUCAGCUCACAAAAAACAAAGCAUUUGAACCCGUUUCUCAAAUUAUAUAUCGGCCAAUUGAUUCUCAGCCCUGCACUCAUGUAGGUACAGAGAUCCCUAUUAACCUCUCACUUGGAUCAAGCACAGGUGGAGUAACUUUCCAAACCACCCCUGUCACUAUUGCACCCACUUCUAUUGGUUGUGUUGCCAAUGGAUUAACUACCGGUACAACCACAGUGGCAGGAGCUGUUGACCUUAGUACAACAAAACCAUUCAACACUGUGGUAUCAGUGGAUGCUGCUUCUGCGGAAGUGGCCACAGCUGUAAUCACAGAUGAUGAUGGCAAACCAGUGGAUCUGACAGCAGGAAAAAGAGCUGUGUGCUGUGAUGUAGUGUACAAUCUCCCAUUUGCAAGAAGCUGCACUACUCAACAACCUACCACACCCCUGCCUGAAGACCGUUUUGGAUAUCGUGAUGACCAUUACCAGUAUGACAGAUCACCUUAUGGCAUGAGAGGGUUUGGUGGAAUUAAACCAUCAAUGUCAGACACUAACUUAGCAGAAGCUGGUCUGUUCUUUUACAAGAGUAAGAACAGCUAUAAUUUCAGUGGCACCACUGAGGGUGCAGUAGAUCUUACCUCUACGAAGAUUUCUGAUGCAGGUGAAGCUGUUGACUACUCCAAGAAAGGGACUUACGCAGGAAUGACAAUUCCACCAUAUUCCCAAGCCAGAGUCACAAGUGCUGUUGGUACACUUUUUGGUACAAGCAGUGUCUUGAGGUCAUCAAAUGGGGUGGUGUAUUCCUCUGUUGCAGCACCAAUACCAUCUACUUAUGCCAUUACCACCCAACCUGGGUCCAUCUUUAGUACAACAUACAACACCCUGUCAGGUAUGCAUACCAGCGACACAAUGCCUUCAUUGUCCAACCUCCAGAACUUGCCACUUACACGGUCCCACAGUUUCCUUUCCACCAUCUCCACUACUGCAAUAGAAGAGCAAGGGGAUGCCCCACUCAAUCUGGAGAUCUCUAGAGGGGAUACUACUGCUGCCCGUGCUGUCACCACAGCAACAACCUCUUUAUCCCUUGACACCUACACUGAUGCAUCCUUGGAGGCAAUAGCUGCUUCUCUUGAGGCUCUGUCUUCACCCAUGGUUCCUGGGGAUGGCCAGUAUCAGGCAGAGCGUGAGAGGCUAGAGAUGGAGAAACUCAAGCAACAACGCCUGGCUGAGGAAUUAGAGUGGGAGCGCCAGGAGAUUCAGCGGUUCCGUGAGCAAGAACAGCUCCUGGUACAGAAGGAACUGGAGGAGCUGCAGGCUAUGAAGCAGCAUAUCCUGUCCCAACAAGAAGAAGAAAGACAGGCUCAUCUUAUGAUGCAGAAAGAAACCUAUGCCCAGCAACAGCAGCAGCUUGAGCAGAUUCAGAGACUCCAAGAGCAACUGCGCCUGCAACUGGAAGAGCAAAAGCUUCGUCAGAUGUACCCAGGUGGGGACAUACCAGGGCAUGGUUUGCAGGAGGCAAUUGUCUUAGGACCUGAUGGCACAGUGCUGGCCCGAAAGAUCACAGAUAGUGGGUGCCAGACAGAUGAAGAGGAUGAGGCAGUCAGCAAAGCUUACACAGCAGGGAGAAAAAAGAAAACUGCUAAAAAGAGUGUUGACAGUUGUGUGCAGACUGAUGAUGAGGAUCAAGAGGAAUGGGAAGCUCAGACCAGAAACCGACAAAGCCGGCCACGCACUGCCAGGGGUGAUAGGGGUGGGCAUUCAGAAAUGUCUCUUCAAGCCCACACUGAGAUUUCUAUUCAAACAGAUACAGAGGGGAACAUUAGAAUGGACACCAGGAUGGAGCUGUCUGACUCUGAAAGGACAUCACCAAAGAAACGGCCUACCCCCUUAGAAAUAGGCCAGCCUCCUAACCUCAAAGUUGAUUCCUCUACGCUUCAAGCACCUCCUAAAUCUCCCAAAGUGCUCUAUUCCCCCAUAUCCCCCUGUAUAUCUCCUAGCAAAUCCCUUGAGUUUGUGUCCUAUGAGAACUCACUGGGUGAUACAAGCCCACAAAAGCUAAGAGGAAGCGAGGAUCCAUCGAAAGCCUCUCCAGCAAGUCCCAGAGCCAUGCAGAGAUCCAUGUCUGACCCUAAGCCCAUGAGUCCAACAGGAGAAGAAAGGGCAACAUCUGGUACCCAGUAUGGUGAUAGCUAUACUGGGAAAGGUUCAGGUGGCACCCCAACAGGCACUCAAAAGAAGGUGAAGAGGACUCUCCCCAAUCCACCGUCAGAGGAUGAGUCAUCAACCAGUGGCCAAACAGCAUACAGCACUGGUUCUGCCCGCCGAAGAAUGUGCCGCAACUCCAAUAUGGCACGUGCCAAGAUCCUACAAGACAUUGAUCGUGAGCUAGAUAUGGUGGAGCGUGAGUCUUCCAAACUCCGCAAAAGACAAGCAGAGCUAGAUGAGGAGGAGAAAGAGAUUGAUGCAAAGCUUAGAUACUUGGAGAUGGGCAUUAAUCGUAGAAAGGAUGUGCUACUGAAGGAGAGAGAGAAGAGGGAAAGGGCCUACUUACAGAGUGUUGCAGAGGACAGAGACUACAUGUCAGACAGUGAGGUUAGUAACAUCCGAGAGACUAGAGGUGGCCGUGGAAGUGGUGAAGAUGAGGAGAUUGAAGGUCAUGGUCUUGAACGUCCCAGGACAGCUCCCCAGUCAGAAUUGGAGGACUUUGUCCCGCCUCAAACCAAGCAUGAGUAUGGAAAAUACUCCCAAUACCAAUACCCUCAAAGCCAAUACCAGCAGUCUCUCUACCAGACUCCACAGUCUUACCAAUCUCAUUCUAUCUACUCCUCUGUCCCCUCGCUCACUAGCGCCCAGCAGCAGAGUUAUCACCAGAUGCUCCUGUUGCAGCAAAAAGCUGCCAGACAAGCUGCCCUCCUCUCAGAACUGGAUGCAACUAAAUACGAAAUCAUUAGCCGCCAACCUGAUCCUACAUCAUCAGCUUACAUGGGAGUCAAGUAUGACAAAUAUGGAAACCACCUUGACCUCAGAGCCUUGGACGUGGGCAGUAUAGCACGUAGCCCCAUGUCAACUGUCUCUGAUUCCUAUUACACAGAUGUAGAUCACCAUACACCUCGGAGUUACAUGUUACUGGAAGAUGCUGCAGAACUGGCUAAGGGCUCCACAGGCCUGUCUUCAUCUUAUAGUCUGGCUGAGAGGGAGCUGGCUAAGGCAGAGAAGCUUCUGCGCAGGAGUGCUGCAGAUCUGUGUUCUACUGACUAUCUGGGAUCCACCUCUAGACUCCAUACAUUUGGAAAGACCCCUGAUGAAGAGGAUACAAUGGAGGAACCCUACGAACUAAAACUUCUGAAGCAGCAGCUCAAGCAAGAGUUUAGGAGAAGUACAGGUGGGUCAGAAAACUUAGAACAACUCACAGGUCUCUCCCAGCAUUACUAUACCCCAAGCUCUGGCAUCUCUAGUUACUCCCAAAGACAAUAUCCAAAGACAGAUAAGUACAGCAUCAGUCGUCUUACUCUGGAGAAGCAGGCAGCUAAACAACUCCCAGCAUCCGUGUUGUACCAAAAACACAAGGCUCCAUUGUUAGAUCCUAAGAUCUCCUCCAAGUAUUCCUCUAUUACAGAUAACAGAGGUUUGGAGACAGACUAUACCAGCUAUCUUGGGUCUACCAGUGUAUCCCCAAGAUCCAGCCGGCUUUCGCAGGAUGAGAUUACCUUCGGCCUUCGUAAGAAUAUUGCAGAGCAGCAAAAAUACCUGGGGUCCACCUUGGGUGCCAACUUGGCUGGGUCACUAAACUUGGGCCAAAGCUUAGGUUUGGACACUGCCUAUCCUAGUGGUAGUCGUUCAAGACCCUCAUCCAGGCCCACAUCUUGCUAUGGUCUGGACUUGUCAAUCAAAAGAGACCCUUCCAGCUCUUCACUGAGGCUUAAAGGAGACGGAGAAGCAUCUGGAGAUGGACCAAGCUAUCAAACCCCAUCUGGUCGCACCAAACCCACCAGCCUUCCCAUUGUGCAAAGUGGCCGUGGUCGGAUACCCAUAGUGGCCCAGAACUCGGAGGAAGAGAGUCCAUUGAGCCCUGUUGGGCAGCCUAUGGGCAUGGCCCGUGCAUCAGCUGGACCUCUGCCACCCAUCUCAGCUGAUUCAAGGGACCAGUUUGGUUCCUGCCUGUCUUUGCAGGACUCCCAGCAGCAGCAACAUAUCAGGGAAGAGCCGACCAGGGGUAGGGGUUAUGUGCUGCUGGAUGACCUUCAGGGCACCAUGUCAGAUAGUGAAGCCCUAAGUGAUUCCCUGAUGGCUUUGAACAGAGACGAUGCAACCAAUGAUUCUGAAGUGGUGCUUGUUUUUAUCCCUGAAGCCUACCAUCUUAGACGAGAAGAGACGGAUUGGUUUGACAAACCUAGAGAUGGACGGUCAGAAAAUGGACAAGAGAAGAGACAGGGAAAAGGCCCGUACUACCCCUUCCCUCACCUCAGGGUCAAACUGCAGAGGGAUCCCAAAGACCGCAGUGUCUCAGGAAAUGGUCUGGGCAUACGUGUGGUUGGAGGGAAAGAGGUCCCUGGCUGUAAUGGAGACAUUGGAGCCUAUGUUGCCAAAGUCCUACCUGGUGGAGCUGCAGAACAAACAGGAAAGAUUCUUGAAGGAAUGCAAGUCCUGGAGUGGAAUGGUAUUCUUCUGACGGGGAAGACCUAUGAAGAGGUACAAGGGCUCGUCGGACAGUUGUGUAAUGAGGCAGAAGUGUGUGUCAGACUUGAUCUCAACAUGCUGGCUGAGUCUGAAGUGUCUGAGCACCUGGAUUUCCAUGAGCACAGCAAAGGUGACAGACCUCCCAGGUCACCAGGUGUUGACCCUAAGCAGCUGGCGGCUGAGCUCCAAAAAGUGUCCCAGCAGCAGGCUCCCACCUCCACCUCUUCCUCCGGCUUGCCCGCCACCACCUCAGCGACCUCCAGCCCCGGUCAGCCAGGAUCACCCUCUGUCAGCAAGAAACGCCACAGCAGCAAGACUGCAGAGGUAACGAAGACUCCGUCCCACCCCAUCUCUGGAGAGAUACAGCUUCAAAUCCACUACGACAAGCAGCUUGGCAACUUGAUUGUUCACGUCCUGCAGGCCAGAAACCUGGUCCAGCGGGAUAACAAUGGCUACUCUGACCCAUUUGUUAAAGUGUAUCUUCUACCUGGGAGAGGUGCUGAAAACAAGAGGAGGUCCAAACACGCAGGCAAGAGUAUCAACCCGGAGUGGAACCAGACUGUCAUCUAUAAAAACAUCCUCCUGGAGCAACUGAGGAAGAAGACCCUGGAGGUGAGCGUGUGGGACUACGACAAGUGCUCCUCUAAUGAUUUCUUAGGAGAGGUCCUUAUAGACCUGUCCAACACAGCCCAGCUGGACAACGUCCCGCGGUGGUUGCCCUUAAAGGAGCAGAGCGAGGGGGAUCACCACCGGCGCUCCCACUCAGGCCAGGGCCGACACAGUUCCUCUAAACCCUCCUCACUGCACUCCUCCCCUAAAACCACUGGCUCCUCACAUGACAAUCAGGAUUCCCCAAAAUCAUCUGUCAUCAAGAGCCGAAGCCACGGGAUCUUUCCAGAUCCGGCCAAGGACACGCAGGUGCCCACUAUCGAGAAAUCUCACAGUAGCCCUGGCACAUCGAAGCCUUCCCCGUCCGAGGGCCAGAGCCAAAGCCAAAGCCACAGCCACGGACACAGCCAACACUCUCGCUCGCACGGUGCUUCCCGCUCCAGCAAAAGUGCUGCACGGCAACACCAUCAGGACAGCGGCACUGGAAGCGGCAGGGGCGCUGCCAUAGCAACGGGCGAUGCCCCACAACAGUCACAGCAGCAGCAGCAGCCGCCGCCGCAACGCCUCCAACCAAGCCAAAGAGGCCGCCUCUCACUGAGGCACCAGAGACACAGCGUAGUGGGCGUGCUCACCAUUCAGAGAGCCCAGUCCGAUUGGCUGCCUGCCCUGCCAUCGGUUGUGUCGGCCAAAGGGAGCAGAGCAGACGGCAGACACCUGACCCUCAGGAAAGCCGUGUCAGAAGAGAGGCCGCAGAGCAUCGGAGCUCGGUCGAGCCACAGAUCCAGUGAUGCCCCAGUCACAGCAGCCUCACUGGACAGCGGCCUGAGUGGCAGCGCCUACAGCCUGUUGGAUGAAGACGGAGAGACAAACGAGGUGGACAGUGCCAUCUUCCAGGUUCCCCGAUUUGGAAAGAUCCCAAAUGGCACAGACGGGAUGAAAUCAUCUAUGGGACACAGUGACACUGAAGGUAAGUCCCAGGUAAUGGGGGAGAUAAAGAUCGCUCUGAAGAAGGAAAUGAAGACGGAGGGCGAGCAGCUGGUCCUCGAAAUUCUUCAAUGUCGCAACAUCACCUACAAGUUCAAGACUCCAGACCACCUGCCUGAUCUGUAUGUGAAGCUCUAUGUGGUGAACAUCGCCACCCAGAAAAGGAUCAUCAAGAAGAAGACCAGAGUGUGUCGUCAUGACCGCGAGCCAUCAUUUAACGAAACCUUCCGCUUCGGCAUGAACCCCACCGGACACUCUCUACAGCUGUUCCUGGUGUCCAAUGGUGGCAAGUUUGUAAAGAAGACCCUCAUUGGCGAGGCCUACGUUUGGCUAGACAAAGUCGACCUACGCAAGCGAGUGGUGAGCUGGCACAAACUUCUUGCCAGCACCGCCCAGAUCCACUCAUAGAACGAGUCACAUUCUAAAAAAAACUAAACCUAACAUGGCAGGAAGAGGUUUCUGGCAUCUAAGGACACUUAGCUUCAACAUCCCAAUCUGGG